UAUAAUAAGCAUUCGUGGUCACUGUGCUGUCGAAUGCUAUCUUAGUGUUCUCGGUUCUUGAAGAUCGGUAAAAUUUAUUUGGAAUUUUGUUUGCAAUUCAAGGAUAUACUAUGUCGUCGAAACGUAAAUCAGAACCUGUAAAAAAAACCCCGAAGCGGAAUAAGAAAAAUGUAGACGACAAUUACAGUUCAGAUUUUAGCGAUGAUUACAAAUCAGACGAGGCCCCGGUCGCAGAAAUCAUUAUUCCAUCCGAUGAUCCCAACAGCUAUCAAAAACUACCAGAUGAUCUGUUAAAGACCUACGACAAGGAGCCCGGAAAACUGCUAGUCGCUGGAAUGGUUACUUGGGAAAUGACAGGUCGAAAAGCUACCGCUAAAGGUGUUACAAAAAUACGACCAAAUCUUUGUUCCUUCCAUCGGUUCACAUCUGAAACAUACCGUUCAGCGUUAAGUGGAUGUUGUUCAGCACAUUCUGUGCUUAUAACAAUGGACAGAAAAGCCCUAGCAUUUGGACGUAAUCAGUUUGGUCAACUGGGGCAAGCCGAUUUAAAGGCAUUAGAAAAACCAACACCCGUUAGCGGCUUAGAAGAUGUGAAUGUUAUCCAAGCAGCAUGUGGAAGGAAUCAUACCUUAUUCUUAACUGACACAGGAAUUGUUUACGCUUGUGGUGACAACAAAAGCGGUCAAUGUGGUGUUGGUAAUACACAGCCAACUAUAUUGAAAGCUACUCGUUUGAACUAUGCUGGUCCACCAGUAAUAAAAGUUGGAUGUGGCGCUGAUUUUUCGAUGAUAUUAGACAUAAAAGGUAACUUGUAUUCAUUCGGACUGCCUGAGUAUGGUCAACUGGGUCAUAAUACAGAAGGAAAGUAUUUCAUCACAUCCACAAAAAUGUCAUUCCACUUCGAAACGUCUCCGAAAAAAAUUGUGCUGUAUGUCGAAAAAACAAAAGAUGGUCAUGUUACACCAACAGACGACGUCAAAAUUGUCGAUUUUGCCAGUGGAAACAACCAUACGGUUGCAAUUGAUUCCAAAAACAGAGCUUUCAGCUGGGGCUUUGGAGGAAUUGGCCGUCUCGGACAUGCAGAACAAAAAGAUGAAAUGGUUCCCAGGCUCAUAAAAUUCUUCGACAUUCAAAACCGUAAAGUGUUGCGUGUAUUCUGCGGAUCUUCGUAUAGCCUUGCUAUCACAGACAUUGGAGCCUUGUAUAUGUUUGGCCAGAAUAAGAAAACAGGCGAAGCCAACAUGUACCCGAAACCCGUUCAAGAUUUAGCUGGUUGGAAUAUUACCAGUAUUGGCACAGGAAACACAUCAAUUGUUAUUUCAGCCGAUGAUUCCCUUAUUGCAUGGGGAGCCUCUCCAACAUAUGGUGAAUUGGGUUUGGGCGAUCUUAUAAAAUCAACAGCAACACCGAAAACAGUAUCUCGCUUGGAGGGUAUGAAAAUACCACAAGUGUCUAUGGGUUAUUCACAUACCCUUCUGCUUGUCAACGUAGAGCAUGAAUUAACUAAGCAAAAAUAUGAUACAUUCCAGGAGUUCACCGCAGAUUAAUUCUUAUUUAUCCACGCCAUCAUGUAUCAGCAAAGGUGAAUGCCUUAUUGUCCACUCAUCAAAUAUAAAUAAGUACAUUUUUAUUUUCAUUUAUCUAAGGUUUUUUAAUAACAUAAAUAACAACCUAUCCAACAAACACUGAAGUCUGAAUAUGGCUUUUAAACAACCAAAAUGUUUGUUGGUAAUACAUAGGUAU